CUGCAAUUUGACAGUAAUGAGACUGCGCAAUAGCACCAUGGGGAGUUAACAUUUGGAAGCGACAGUGGAAUCGACAUUAAUGUCAGUUUUUAUAUUUUGUGAGGUCCUAGUAUUCUGCGCUCCAUAGUCAGUCGUUUUAUAAGUAUUUGUGUCUGAAAGCCAUGCGGCGGAGUAAGGCUGAAGUGGACCGUUACGUUUCCUCAGUUCAGAGUUCCUCUCCCUCACUCAAAGAGAAGCCAAUCAAAGGGUUUUUAUUUGCUAAACUGUACUUUGAAGCAAAGGAAUAUGAACUUGCAAAAAGACAUGUAUCAGAGUAUCUCAAAGUCCAGGAGAGGGAUCCCAAAGCACACAAAUUUCUUGGACAGCUCUACGAGAGAGAGGGAGAGAUCAACAAGGCGGUAGGAUGUUACAAGCGAUCAGUGGACUUGAACCCAGCCCAGAGGGACCUGGUCCUGAAGGUGGCUGAGUUACUGGUCAGUAAGGAGGAAUGUGACAGCAGAGCAGAGUUUUGGGUGGAGAAAGCUGCCAAGCUGCUUCCAGGAAACCCUGCAGUCUUCAACCUGAAGGAGCGUUUGUUGAGUCGUCAGGGUCAGCAAGGUUGGAACCGACUGUUCGACCUGCUGCAGGCCGAGCUGGCAGCGAGGCCAGCUGACCCUCAUGUGAACGUGAAGUUGGUUCAGCUGUUCUGUCAGGAUGGACGGCUGGAUGAAGCAGUUAAGCAUUGCCUGGCUGCUGAGAAAAGGGGGUUACUGAGCCACAGUCUGGACUGGUACACAGUGGUGUUGCACACACUGCAGGAGUAUCUAGCUCAGCCCAGCAUCUCUAGUAAUGAGAAGAUGUGUCGGCGUCUCCAGAGGGAGCUGCUAUUGGCCCACUGCAGCCUGCUGAGAAUCACGCUGUCUGAAAGCAGCGUGCAGCCCAGCCUCGAUGCCCUCAGAGGUUUUGAUGAAGCGAUGCAGGUGCUGAGUGGUGUUGCUGGCCGCCACGCAGACGAUCUUUUUGAGAUGUUUGUGGAGAUGAGAGGUCACCUUUACCUGCAUGCUGCCACACUGCUGUUGAAGCUGGCUCAGGAUCGCCAGCACACCUGGAGGGCUGUCAUUGACCUGGCUGCCCUAUGCUACCUGCUGGCAUACCAGGUCCCCAGACCAAAGGCUAAAGUGACCAAAAGAGACCAGUCAGCCCCACAGCUCCUGGAGCUGCUCGCCAACGACAGACAGAGUCAGGCCGGCCACAUGCUGCUAAAUCUGAGCAGCGAUUCAUCCACCUUGAUCAGAGAGGUGGUGGAGGCAUUUGGGAACCGUCACGGUCAGGACUCCCUGUUUGAACUCCUGUUUGGACCACAGGCCUCUGCUGGAUCUUCCUUUAUCGCCAAUGAUGACAUUCGUUCUGUUAACACCAUGACUCCAGAGCUCUGUCAACUGGCCAAAUGGGAUGCUGGCUCCAUCCUGCUGCAUGGUGGUGACUUGCAGCAUCUAAGCUGGCUGGGCCUUCAGUGGGCCCUUCAGGCCCAAAGACCAGCCCUGCGGGACUGGCUGCAGCAGCUCUUUCCUCGGCUUACUCUGGAAACGUCCAAACUGGACACCAACGCACCAGAGUCCAUCUGCCUGCUGGACCUGGAGGUGUUUUUAUAUGGUGUAGUAUUCUGCAGCCACUGUCAGCUUCAGGAGACGGCGAAGAUCAGCAGGGGAGCAAACCAGCAGCAACAACAGCAGCUCUACGAGCCUCACUGCCUCCCUCUGCCCCUCCUGCGUCUCUUGACCACUGACAGGCAGCGAGAGUGGUGGGACGCCAUCUACAGCCUCAUUCACAAGCAAGCAGCUCCUGGUAUGUCAGCCAAACUGCGGAUGAUUGUGCAGCAUGGACUGAACACCCUGAGGGCUGGAGAGAAAAAUGGCCUCCAACCAGCGCUGACCAUCCACUGGGCUCAGUGUCUCAGCCAAGUGGGUGAUGGAGUGAACUCGUACUACGACCAGAAGGAGUACAUCGGCCGCAGUGUGCACUACUGGAAAGUCGUACUUCCAUUGCUGGAAAGGAUCAAAAACAGACGCAGUGUACCAGAACCGCUUGACCCCCUCUUCAGACACUUUCCCUCCAAAGAUAUUCAGAUUUCUUCUGUUAGGGGAUUUGAAGAGGAAGCCAAGAUAGCCUAUGCGACUCUCCUUGACAUUGAGGGCAAGACGGAGGAGGCCAUCGCUACCUUGGAAACCAUUAAUAACAUGUCAUCCACCUGGCAUUUGGCACAAAUCUACCAGAGGUUAUCAGAGGAGGCCAGCAAUGGUGUAGAGGAGACCCAAGACAGGUGCAUCACUUAUUUGAGAAAGUUCAGGACGUAUUUGUCAAAGAUCUACAAUGCUAAUGCAGAUGACAUUGAGAAGCUGCCAGUUUCCAUGGAGGAAGUUGUCGACCUUCUGAAUGAUGUGAAUCAGCAGCUGGGGGAGAGCGGGGAUGCGAUGGAUGAAGAGGAGAAGGAGGAGGAGGGUCGAAGAGGACCGGCCCACUCCAGUCCUGCUCAUCCCACAGAAACCUCUGCCACCAUAUCCCACAUAAAGUUUUCCACUCCCUCUCCUAACAAAAGCAUUGUUUCUCCUUCUAAAAGGCACAUGAUUUCUCCCAAGACGCCACCUCAUUGGGUUGAGGACCAGAAAAGUCUCCUCCAAAUGCUGUGUCAGCAAGUUGAAGCCCUCAAGAAUGAGGUCCAUGAUCUGAGACACAACUCAUCAGGGAACGCAGGCUCCCCUCAUCACAAAAUGUAUGGAGAGAGCUACGGGGCAGAGGGCCUGCAGGAGCCUUUCACCCCAGUCCAGUCCUACCACGGGGCCCCCCUAACAGUCGCCACCACGGGUCCCUCUGUGUACUACAACCAGUCUCCAGCUUAUAACUCUCAGUACCUCCUGCGCACAGCAGCAAAUGUAACCCCCACCAAGGGUCCAAUGUAUGGCAUGAACCGUAUGCCACCGCAACAGCAUAUGUAUGCCUACCAGCAGCCCACUCAUACACCUCCAUUGCAGACAGCCCCAGCCUGCAUUUAUCCUCCUCAAGAACCAGUCUUUGGUGCCCCCCUUCGGUUUGAAUCACCAGCGACAAGCCUUCUUUCCCCAUAUAGUGAAGAAUAUUAUGGCCAGAGUGUAACCCAACAAACUACUAAUCCUCCCCUGCCUGAACCUGGCUACUUUACCAAGCCCUCUGUAGUCCCCGUUCAGCCACCAAAGAGCAUUGAGGGGAAGCCUAUGGACUUUGGGAAGCUCUCCUUCAGCCAGCAGGCACCUGCUGAAGUCCCUAAAGUGCCUAGUUUUGGAGCAGCAGCAGUUGCCCAGUCAACACCCUCAGCUGCUUUUAAAUUCAACUCCAACUUUAAAUCCAACGACGGCGAUUUCACUUUCUCUGCUUCCCAGGCCAAGCACAGUGAAAGUCUGCUUGGUCUUCUUACAUCAGACAUUCCCACUAAAACAGAUACUGUUCCAGAGAAGCCUGCAGCCAUGGAGCAGACCCCCAGCCAAACGGGCAUCUUCACCUUUGGUAGUAAAAAUGUUACUGGCUUCUCCUUUGUUGAUUCCACGCAGGGCACAGGCACUGGAAGUCUGUUUGGAAAGGUUGAGCAGCCAUUUAAAUUUGGGGAUGUUACCAAGCCAGUGUUUGGGGUUGCCAAGUCUGCAGCAGAGGAGGAACGAGCAGCAGAGAGUGACAAUGACAGCACUCAUGUUGAGGAAGAUGAGGAUGGGCCUCACUUUGAACCCAUUGUGCCCCUUCCUGAUAAAGUAGAUGUGAAAACGGGGGAGGAGGAGGAGGAGGAAAUAUUUUGCAAUAGGGCAAAGCUAUAUCGAUUUGACACCGAGACAAAAGAGUGGAAGGAACGGGGCAUAGGCAAUGUUAAAAUCCUCAAACACAGCACUAAAGGAAAGGUCCGCCUGUUAAUGAGAAGGGAACAGGUCCUUAAGAUCUGUGCAAACCACUACAUCACUGCCGAUAUGCUACUGAAACCGAACGCAGGCUCUGACAAAUCGUGGGUGUGGAAUGCCAUUGAUUAUGCAGAUGAAGAGCCUAAGCCUGAACAGUUGGCCAUCCGCUUUAAAACGGUAGAUGAGGCAUCGCUGUUCAAAGCAAAGUUUGAGGAAGCCCAGAAAAUUGUCCUCAAAUCACCGGAAAAGCGUGAUCAGCAGGAGAAAAAAGAGGAAACAACAAAUGUUUCUGAAUCACUGGCAGCCCGGUUUGCACUUAAAGAAGGGGAAUGGGACUGCACUGUGUGCUGCGUGCGAAAUAAACCCACAGAUAUGCGAUGUCUCGCUUGUCAAAAUCCAAAUCCCAAUGCUUCAUCCAAGCCAGAUAUACACGCUGCUGCUGAAACCAAGACAAGUCCCUUUACUUUCAAAUUUGGGACUGAUUCAUCAAAACCCAGUAGUUCUGGGUCUACAUUUACUGGAUUUGGUGCUUUUGGAGCCUCUAUGACCUCGUCUUUUACAUUUGGCACCAGCACCUCAAAACCUGCUGAUACAGUAACCAGUGCAUUUGGUUCUGGCUUUGGGGCUCAGUUUGGCCAGAAGCCAGGACAGUGGGACUGUAACACGUGUUCUAAAAGAAAUGAGGCCUCUGUGGACAGUUGUGUGUCUUGUAAAGCUCUUAAAGGCUCACCUAAAACAACUGCAACGGCACAAACAGCAGCAGCUGCAGAUGCACCUGCUUUGCAGCCCUCUAUAACUACUGCUGGCUCUGUGUUUGGUGCCCAGUUUAGCAAGAAGCCUGGGCAGUGGGACUGUGAUGUGUGCGAAGUGAGAAAUGAAGCCUCUGCUGACAAAUGUGUUGCCUGUCAAACCCCCAACCCUGCUGCUAAAUCAACAGUGGGAGCUCCAAUAGCAUCAAAUGUGCCAGCAGUGUCAGGAUUUGGGGCUGACUUUGGAAAAAAGGAUGGGAUGUGGGACUGCAGUAGCUGUCUGGUCAGAAAUUAUGCAUCAGCUACUGAGUGUGUUUCCUGCCGUGCCCCACAUGAGCUUCCCUCUUUAGAAGCCAUGUUUGCCAAAAAGGAUGGAGAAUGGGACUGUGACACUUGUCUGGUGAGAAAUAAUGCCUCUGCCAGUAAGUGUGUGGCCUGUCAGACACCAAAUCCAAAUGCUAAAAGCACAACCAGCACUGCUCCGUCUUCCUCCACGUUCAGCUUUACCUUUGGCACCCAAAAUUCAUCAAGUCAGCCUGCUGGAACUGGAUUUACAAUGCCUUUUGAAGCUGGCAGGACUUUUCAGUUUGGUCAAAGCAAAGAUAAAGGCUCAGCUGCUUCUUUCAAAUUUGAACCUCCUCAGUCUGGAUCCAGUACCACAAGUUCUUCAACCUUCUCUUUCUCAAUGCCCGUUACUGCAGGUGGCUUCAAGUUUGGCAUUCAGGACCCUGCAAAAGAAACCCCCUCAACUGACAAUCAGACACCUUCUGCAGGGUCAGCCUCCAGUUUUCUGAAAAGCAUUGCUGACAAACACAAGGAAAAAGAAAAUGUGUCAGCACCCUCAAUGGACCAAACAGAGAAAGAUCAAAAUCCAUUAAUUGCUGGUAAAACCAACACAUUCAGCUUUGCAGACUUGGCAGAGUCUUCUGGAGGUGAUUUCCAGUUUGGCCAGAAAGACCCCAAUUUUAAAGGUUUCUCUGGAGCCGGUGAGCAGCUGUUCUCAUCAUUACAGGCAACCCCGACCAAGGCAGAUGCCUCAAAUGACUUGGAGGACGACGGCAUGUAUAAAACAGAGGAAAAUGAUGAUAUUCAGUUUGAACCGGUGGUCCAGAUGCCUGAUAAGGUGGACCUGGUUACCGGGGAAGAGGAUGAACAGGUUCUUUAUUCUCAGCGUGUCAAACUGUUCAGAUUUGACUCGAGCAGCAGUCAAUGGAAAGAACGUGGCGUAGGACUCCUUAAAUUCCUGAAGAACAACACUAAUGGCAGGCUAAGGGUGCUGAUGAGAAGAGAGCAAGUCCUGAAGGUGUGUGCCAACCACUGGAUCACCACCACCAUGAAUCUUAAGCCCCUGGCAGGCUCAGACAAAGCAUGGAUUUGGAUGGCCAAUGACUUCUCUGACGGAGAUGCUAAACUUGAACAGUUGGCUGCUAAGUUCAAAACCCCAGAGCUUGCUGAAGAGUUCAAAGAGAAGUUUGAAGAGUGUCAAAGACUUCUGCUGGACAUCCCCUUACAAACCCCCCACAAACUUGUCGACUCAGGCAGAACAGCACAUCUCAUUCAGAAAGCAGAGGAAAUGAAGUCCGGUUUGAAAGACCUGAAAUUCUUUUUGACAGAUGAGAAAACAAAGAUCAAAGAUGACGACAGCCAAGCAGACGUAACAACAUCCAGUAAUAUUUCCAGCUUAGUAAUAAAACCUCAAGGUGAAACCACCGGCCCCACCUUGGAGUGGGAUAACUACGACUUAAGAGAAGAGGCUUUAGAUGACACUGCAGACUCAUCAGUGUAUGCUUCUCCCAUCGCCAGCAGCCCCCUGCGAAAGAACCUUUUCCGCUUUGGAGAAUCCACUGGUGGGUUUAGCUUUAGCUUCCAACCUGGCAUCAGCCCCUCCAAGUCUCCUGCUAAGCUUAACCAGAGCAGAGCCUCAGUGGGUACUGAUGAUGAGCAGGAUGUAACCCAGGAUGAAGAGAGAGAUGGCCAGUACUUUGAACCUGUAGUCCCCUUGCCUGACCUGGUGGAGAUUUCUACUGGAGAGGAGAAUGAACAGGUGGUCUUCAGUCACAGGGCCAAAUUGUAUCGCUAUGAUAAAGAAGCGGCUCAGUGGAAGGAAAGGGGUAUUGGAGACCUCAAGAUUUUGCAGAAUUACGAAACUAAACGAGUGAGGUUGAUAAUGAGGAGAGACCAGGUACUUAAGAUCUGUGCCAACCACUGGAUCACAUCAGCCAUGAAGCUGGAACCGAUGAAGGGUGCAGAGAAGGCCUGGGUCUGGAGUGCCUUGGACUUUGCUGAAAUAGGAGAGAGUAAUAUUGAGCAGCUGGCUGUGAGGUUCAAGCUGCAGGAGACUGCAAACACAUUCAAACAGGUCUUCGAAGAGGCCAAGGUUGCACAAGACAAAAAGGAAUUGAUGACUCCAGUGUUGUCUAGGGUCACCACAACUCAAGACGGUGGAACGACAGGAUCUGCACACAGUGGUACAACUGUAUGUGGAAAGGCAGCCAUCGCUGUUCUGGAAAACACCACAAAGGAACGUACAGAGCUUUCUUCUGACAGCAAUCCAUGUGCAGCCGGCUCUCAGAGUCCAGUCAACCCCUCAAAGACAGUAGUGUCACCCCCAAAGUUUGUCUUUGGCACUGACAGCCUUCAGAGGUUUUUUGGGUCCCCUAAGACUCUCUCUGAGACCGAGGAUUCUCCAUCCUGUUCGAAAGCCAAAGACCCUGCUAAGGCUUCGCCUGUAGCACCUGCAUUCAAAAUCCCCGAGAAAGGGCUGGAUUUUAGGCUUUUCAAAGAUAACCCAAUGGCUUUUUGGACCAGCACAUCAACCACCCAAUUUGAACCCCCAGGUUCUUCUCAGACAGAAAGAGGCAGUGCGGGAUCAGAUGUGGACUCUGACGUGGAGGUUGUAUAUGUCAAGGAGCCGACUGCUGAACAGGCAGCUUUAGCCAGAAAACUCCUGCUGCCUCUCACCUUCUUCUGCUACCAGAAUGAACCCGGCUACACCAGCGACGAUCCAACUGACGAUGAGGACUAUGAGUCAGCAGUAAAAGCCUUGAAUGGAAAACUGUACCUGGAUCCUCCUGAGAAAAAGGCUGCAGCAUGUGGUGACGAGCCAGACUGCCAGGUGGUGUGGGAGAAAAAGCCAACACCAGAGGAGGAGGAGAAGGCCAAAAGCCUCCAGCUUCCACCCACCUUCUUCUGCGGCUUGAGCACCACAGACAGCGACGCCGACCACGACAAGCCAGAAGACUUUGAGACAGAAGUCCGCAAGGCACAGCAAGACCUGGAUGCCCAUUUAAACCAAGCUGAAAAGGCCUCCAGCAGCCCUCCUGUCCCCUCGGAGCAGCAAACGUCGAGCCCGUCAACUAACAGCAUCGAAACUGCAUGCAGCACAUCUGCACAAGGGGAGCAGACCUCAGACCAGCCGACAGAGACUCAGAUUGCAGCUCCGAGCAGCAGCUGUCCCAUUGAUCUGUCGACUAAGAAGAGCCCAGAGCCAGAGUCCACCACUGAGACUGCAGCUCCUACUGCUGCAACAACCAGUCAAGACUCCUCCAGCUUUGGCUUCAGUGCUUCCGGAGGCUUCUCCUUUGCUGACUUGGCCCAAAAAACACAAGGAUUUGCAUUUGGAUCUAACGAUUCCAACUUCACGUGGGCAAACGCUGGGGCAACCGUUUUCGGGACGGCGGCAAGCUCAGCUCCAAAAACCAACGCUGAUGAGGAGGGUAGUGACGAAGAGGAAGCUCCUAAUAACGUGGACAUUCACUUUGAGCCAAUAGUGUCACUACCAGAGGUGGAGACAAAAUCCGGAGAGGAGGAUGAGGAAAUCCUGUUCAAGGAGCGUGCAAAGCUGUACCGAUGGGACCGGAGUCUCAGCCAGUGGAAGGAGCGGGGCAUCGGGGACAUCAAGAUCCUUUUCCAUCCAACCAAACACUUUUACCGAAUCCUGAUGAGGAGAGAUCAAGUCCUGAGGGUUUGUGCCAACCACACGAUCUCCGAGUCGAUGGAACUCAAGCCCAUGAACGCUUCAGCAAACGCACUGAUCUGGACCGCCACAGACUACUCAGAUGGUGAAGGAGCCGUGGAGCAACUGGCGGCUAAGUUCAAAACCGCUGAGAUAGCCGAAUCCUUCAAAAAGACUUUCUGCGGCUGUCAGAGCCGCAUGGGCCAAACUGGAAGCGAUGCCUCGUGCGUCUCCUCGCCACAGAUGUCAAGAGUUCAAGAGCACUCCAGAGACACCAACCCGCGGGUGUUCCUCACAGUGGCGGCCGACGGUGACACACUGGGCACUAUCACCAUAGAGCUUUUCUCCCACAUUGUCCCCAAGACGGCGGAGAACUUCAGGGCUCUCUGCACCGGCGAGAAAGGUUUCGGACUUCGGGACUCCAUCUUCCACAGGGUGAUAUCGUCCUUCGUGUGUCAGGGUGGAGACAUCACCAAAAGUGACGGCACGGGAGGCAAGUCCAUCUACGGCAGCAAGUUUGAGGAUGAGAACUUCGACGUUCGGCACACGGGCCCGGGCAUCCUGUCUAUGGCCAAUAGCGGCCGCGACACCAACAACUCGCAGUUCUUCAUCACGCUGAAGAAAGCCGAACACCUGGACUUCAAGCACGUGGCUUUCGGCUGGGUUCAGGACGGCAUGGAUGUGGUGUCACAGAUGGGAGAGCUGGGCACAAAAGGAGGCACGCCGACAAAGAAGCUUGUCAUCACAGACUGCGGACAGCUCUAGCUCUGUAAAUGUUAGAAUCGGGAUUUGCAGCUUGGUUUAGGCUCUAUAGUUGAAGACUUUGGAUAAUGAUGUGUUCCUUGUGCAGUGCAGACCCUCCUGCUAAAACUGAAUCCAUAGUCAUUAGGCACCUGAGAAGUAAACACUGAUCGCGGAGCUACUGAUCAAGACCCUUCAUCGUACGAAGUCGGCCUCCAGUAGCCUGCGAUUAUUUUGCUAUGACGUAGUCACAAACGGGAACAUGGUGUCGUAUGUUGGAGGACACAGUAGUGUACUUUUGUUCUGAUGCACUUGCAUUUCUCUCAUCUUCUGUCAAAUUCUCCUCGUUUGUUAAUUCUAUCUGUAUAAUUGUACAUGUACUACUUUUUUUAAAUGUCUAUUUUUGUUCUAUUGUCUUGCAUGUGCUCAGUUUGAAUGUGCUGGCCCUCUUCACGAGCUCCACUUGGGUAUUAUCCCCCCCACCCCUUUUUUUUUUUUUUUUGAACAAGUCUUAACAAUAAUUGAAAGGUGAGUUUGUUAAUUUAAUGCACCUAGCUGUGCCCCAGCCUUCUCCAAAUGCUGCCUCUGUGUACUUUUUACUGUAGGGCUCCCCCAGUGGUUUUUCUUUGUAUGCGUAGAUUUCGUACUUGCCCACAUAGACUCGUCAUCUCACUGUGUUGGCCCUGCGGACGGACGGUGGCUGAAUGACGUGUGAUACAUCCGAUAUGGAUUUUACAAAGGCAAUCGAUUAUAGCUUGAGAUUAUCACAAGGCUGAAAUGGUGCUUCUUGUACCAAAAUAAUUUGCUGAUAAAGAGAAAUAAAGUUGCUUUACAAGUAA